ACACUAUUUUGAAUAGGUCCCUUCCAGUCACACAUCCGGAAACGAUGUAGGGCUACCAAACUACGAACAGUUGAUAUCAUCGACAACAUCCAUCGCCAACUUUUUUUUUUCUCCAGUCACCAAAAAGACCUCAAUCAGACAAGACAUGGUGUGAUUAAAAAUCUAUUUUCUCUUCCUACGUAUUUACGCAGUCUAAAGACUGUAGAACUUUAGUGUCCUUAUUUGUUUAUAGAAAAGAAGUACAAUGUAAUACGUGUGUUUGUAAUGUAAAAUAUUGGCCUUAUGGAGCAAUUUUCUAAAGUCACUGAUCGAUCGCGUCAUCAAAUAAUAUUAUCCACUACAUAAUCAUGUUUGAAGAAAUUCUUAAUUAGAAGCUCUUGCGUAGAGGCAGAUAAAGUGUUUUCGUUCUUCUUAACUUACUACAAUUUGUUUCCAAAAUGUACGAGGAUUCUUCGGAGACGAUAUAUGGGACCCAUGAAGACUCCCACGUUGUGAUGUCGGAGAAGGUCCAGUCUCUGGCAGGAAGCAUAUACCAGGAGUUCGAACGUAUGAUAGCGCGGUACGACGAGGAUGUAGUGAAGACGCUAAUGCCGCUGCUGGUGAACGUGCUCGAGUGCUUGGACUCCGCCUACCAGACGAACCAGGAACACGAAGUGGAGCUGGAGCUGCUGCGAGAAGACAAUGAGCAGCUGGUCACGCAAUACGAGCGCGAGAAGGCGGCGAGGAAGCACGCAGAGCAGAAGUUGCUCGAGGCGGAAGAUCACUUCGAAGGCGAGAGGAAAGAACUAACAGGUAGACUGGAGGCCCUAGACAGCAUUGUCAGAAUGCUGGAACUCAAGCAUAAGAACUCUUUGGAUCACGCCAGCAGGCUGGAAGAACGGGAAAAUGAAUUGAAAAAGGAAUAUUCGAAGCUUCACGAGCGCUACAAUGAGCUGUUCAAGACCCAUGUCGACUACAUGGAACGAACCAAACUCCUGAUGAGCACAGCCAGCGACCGGGGAGAGGUCCGCGGAAGACUUGGCCUCAACCCUAUGAGAUCUAGUGGCCCCAUAUCGUUUGGCUUCGCAUCGUUGGAGAGCUCUAUGCACAAUGUGGAGCAGACAGAGAGCAUGCCGGGUAGCCCCGUCAGCUUGUCUUCGUCUCCGCCGUCGCCACCGACUGGCUCCGACUUGGCAGCCGUGAGGACAGUAGAGUGCGCGCACCAGACUGACCCAAUCACGCAACAGAGUCAGGCAACAUCGCCAGUGGCGCCCCCUAACGCUCCCAACACUGGGAAAUCGCAGACAAAGAGCGAAAAACGAAGCGGCAACACGUUGUAUCAAGAGCUGGCAUUCCAGGAUGUUGACCCGGGCAUUGCUGAAGGCGAAGAUGCUGACAUUACAGGCAGUUGGGUUCAUCCCGGAGAGUAUGCAUCUUCUGUUAACGACAAUUAUUUCGGAAUGGGCAAGGAAGUGGAGAAUCUUAUUCUGGAGAAUAACGAGCUGUUAGCCACGAAGAACGCAUUGAACGUUGUGAAAGAUGACCUGAUAGUGAAGGUGGACGAAAUGACUGGCGAGCUGGAGAUCCUCAGAGAAGAGGUGGCCAACCUCAGUUCCGCGAGGGAGAAGCUACGUGACCGUGUCACUGAGCUCGAGGAAGAAGUCAGGCAUUUGAAGGAGACGGUGAGCACGAACGCGGGCGGUGGCGACAACAACGAGGAUGAGGCCGACGUCCCGAUGGCACAGCGUCGACGCUUCACGCGCGUCGAAAUGGCCAGAGUGCUCAUGGAACGCAACCAGUAUAAGGAACGUUUCAUGGAGCUGCAAGAUGCGGUCCGUUGGACGGAGAUGGUGCGCGCGAGCCGCGUAGACUCGACUACCAUGGAUAAGAAGAACAAACAGAGCAUAUGGAAGCUUUUUAGUAAUCUCUUCAGUUCAAGUGAGCGUCCACAACGACCGCUGUCGACGCCUCACCUCCGCGCGGUUGCCGCUCCUCAACCAUCUAUGCGUCACUCGAGAACUCAGGCGGAUUUCUUCGAGACUCAGCUGACCGACCACCAUCAUUCGAGGAGACAUGAACGCAGCGAGCAGUUCCGACAGGUGCGGGCCCACGUCCGCAAAGAAGACGGGCGCACUCAGGCCUACGGGUGGAGUCUGCCCAGCAAGAGCGGCCAGGGACAAAAGGGCCCCAGUUCGGUCACGUCGCUUUCAUCGGGCGGCGUCCCGGUACCCGUACCGGUGUUUUGCAGACCUAUAGCUGAAAACGAGCCCCGUAUGACGCUGCUGUGUGCAGCCGCCGUCAAUUUGAACGGAGGCCGCACCCCUGAUGGUGGUUGUAUGGUCGGAGAGAGUGUGUUCUAUGCCAACCAGGACGACAAGACAGAGAACACCAUGUCACUAGCGUACGAGAUGAGCAAAGCUCAGUCGGUCCAUUCUCCCGAAGUGGAACAAAUAAACCAGCAGUUGCAGUCCACUCAGAACGUUGAAUACACGGAAAAAAACUUAUCAUCCCUCGUCUGGAUAUGUUCCAGCAACCAGAAUAAGGGCAUUGUUAUGAUUAUCGAUGCAAACAACCCAGCGGAGGUGAUAGAGUCGUUCCCGGUGACAGACAAACAUAUUCUAUGCGUGGCCUCUGUGCCGGGCGCCGUGGCUGAAGACUACAGAGAAUAUCAGGAGAGAAUCGCCGGCGCCAGCGAGAAACGACACCCUUCGCUGUUCUGUGCCGGUAGAAUAGACUCCGUGGAUGUGACCUCGAAGAACAACGGUAGCGAAGAGAAUGGUGAUAAGGAUGCCGUCGUCGUCGGCACCACGCGCUUGGUCAAAGCUCCGAUACUGACGCCGCCGAGUACACCAGUGAACGAGCCCGAAACGGCUCCGCAGCCACAGAGCGAAGAGCCGACGGUGAAGGCCGAUGAUGCCGCGCCGGCGCCCGACAGCCCGCCGCUCAGUUCCACACCUGUUAAUGGAGGACAUCUAAACUCCCCAGAACCCGGCAUCGAGGCAUUCGCCCAGCAGCAGUCUAAAACGGACCCGCCAACAGAAGCCACUCAAGAGUCUCGUAAAAUGUCCACCGUUAUGGCGACGAUGUGGCUCGGAACUAAGAGUGGCAACCUUUAUGUACACUCCGCUGUUGGCAACUAUAAGAAAUGUUUGGCUAGGGUGAAGUUAAAUGACGCCAUACUGGCCAUCGUAGCGUGCGCGUCUCGAAGCAUCGUGGCACUCGCUGAUGGUACCGUCGCAAUAUUCGCGAGGCAUGCGGACGGACAGUGGGACUUUGGACAGUAUUGGCUGCUCACUUUAGGCGACCCUAAGUGCUCUGUGCGUUGCCUAAGUGCGGUGGGAUGUACAGUAUGGUGUGGCUAUCGAAACAAGGUCCAUGUCAUAGAGCCUCGUUCACGCUUGCUACUGCACUCGCUCGAAGCUCAUCCGAGGCAGGAGAGUCAAGUGCGCCAGAUGGCUUGCGAUGGAGACGGCGUUUGGGUCACAAUCAAAAUGGACUCAACUCUCCGUUUAUACCACGCUCACACUUACCAACACUUGAAAGACGUUGAUAUAGAGCCUUAUGUGAGCAAGAUGCUCGGUACGGGCAAGCUCGGGUUUUCUCUAGUCAGGAUUACGGCACUACUGAUCAGUUCGGGCCGACUUUGGAUCGGUACCAGUAAUGGAGUGGUUAUAUCUGUGCCGCUGUCUGAAGGGUCGAGUAGAGACCAGAUUGGACCCCAGCCGUCGACUUCCAGGUCGCCGGCGCAACCGGCCAUAGCGGCAUGUCCUACCGGCAACAUACCGUGGUGCUCAAUGGCGCAAGCACAGCUAAGUUUCCACGGCCACCGGGACGCCGUAACAUUCUUCGUGGCAGUUCCCGGAGUCGCCGGCUCUCCAGCUCGUACCCCCGAGUCUCCGAGACGACAUUCACCGACUAUGCCACCAAUGCUGGUUAUAUCGGGCGGCGAAGGAUAUAUUGACUUCAGAAUAGAAGAGCAUGCUGAUGACAUACGUGACACAGCCUCCCACGUCAUUGUAUGGCAGGUCUUAAGAGACUCCUGAACGUACCUGAACGUAGCAUAAUUAAUUUAUAUUUAUUACUGCGGACUCGGAAAUGGAGGACAGUGUGGUAGUGGCCGAGGACGGCGCUUCGAGCGGCCACAGUUCGCUGGCCGAGCGCGCUUCCAAGAGCCAUUUGAUAGUGUGGCAAGUCGCGACCGCCUAACGCAAGGCCAGCCGUGUGCGACUCGACUCCGAUUCGGACUAUGUAUAUGUGUGUACGUCCACCAAACCAGCGACGCUCAUCAACGCGUAAGUUACGUAGUUAUCCUCGAGGAUUUACAAUAGGACGACGGUUAUGGAGAUGCAUGGAAUAUGCCCACCGACGAAGGAAAGAUUAGCGGAGAUGACAUAAGGCUGGUAGAUCAACCCUUCUUGUAGGUCAAGCAUAGAACGGCAGGCGUGAUCAGUUACUAGAACUAACGGGAGGUUCGGAUUUCUUGUCUAAUCAAGAUGAAUCCGUCAAAGAUUGUAGAUUUGACCGUGAAGGAGGUAUUUAUUGAUUGGUAAAGAAGACGUAUGAGUAGGAGCCAGCAACAUAUCUCGUCCGCCGAAUACCCGCAUUUCGGCGCGCUACUUUCUUUGGAAAUUUUGCUUUAAUACAUCUCCGCUAGUCAUUUUAUUCUCCGCGAAUAUACCUCUAUAUGUUUGAAGCUGUUUGAAACUGUCAUUCCGUGCAUGAACCUAUGAUGUACCCCGUAGAUUGAUGUGUAUUAGAUUCUGUGUCGGAUUGAUUCACUUCGUUCUUUAUCUGUGUUAUUAUUUAAGUGAAUGUUUCUGUUCUGUCCUGCUGUAAGUUAAUCUGACAUCAAGUUAUUAUGUGUAAGAUCUAAGCAGUCACAAAUGUUAAUUGUCUUAUUUAAUAUCGAGAUAUGUAAUAGCUUAAUGUCAACCUGAUCUUAUGAAUGUACCCUUCUCUAUUUCCUGUAAUCUGUGUUAUAGUUGUACUCUGUGUCACAUCUCCAAACCGUCGAAGCAAAAGGAUAAGCGAAGUGUCGGUCGAUCAGUAUUUUCUUAAGUAAAGUUUUAUAUCUCACGUGUUUGGUUGCAAACGCAAUUAGGAAUUGAUUUAUGUGUGGUGUCCUUCGUAUCCAUUUUUAUCCUAUUUGCAUUAUUUAUUAAUAUAGGAUAUGCUUGUAUGGGGAAUGAUUGUGCAAUGGACAGGAUGAUAUAAGGUCUGCUAAUUUAUUAUUGUUACUCUUCAAAGGAGUACCGCCAUACAUAUCCUAAAUUAACGAGUAAUGUGUAACUCAAUGUGUUGAUCACUUCACACACACAUGUCCGAUCGUGAUGUCUCACAUGGCAUUAUAUAACUAAGUUAUAUACACUACUACAUUGUAUCAUUCAUAUAGUUACUAUGUGUGCUUAAUAUUUGGCUAUAUGGUUUCUUGGCGCUAUAGUCGUUAUUUAAUAUUGCUCACGUCAAGAAUCGCUUGGCCGAGGGCGAUGUUUUUCUUUAAGUUGUGUCGACCUCUGUCCAAGCUUAAUCUCAUUAAAAGUAUGUACAAGAUGUAACCACCAAAUAAUACGUUUUAGUAGUGUUAGUUAGUUUAAAAGAAUAUAUUGAACAUUAUAUUAUAAUAAUAAAUACACGAUAGUUAUUAUAAAUUUUCUCAAGGAAUGUGACCAUUUCGGCUGUGUUGUCAUCUGCAUCACAAUUUUAUACUUUAAUUUAUUUUUAGAUUUUUAUGUAAUGAAUUGAAAUUAUUUCAUUUAAAAUUUUAAUUAUUUUAGAUGUGGGGCGAUACUCUUGCGAUUAAUGGAUUUAUUAAUUAAUACAUAUACAUUGAAUUUUAUGAUAUAGCUUACUUGUAUGUUAUGAAUUUCUAAGCAAGUGUAUCGCUCUCGAGGUAAGUAGGAAAUUUUAUUUCGACUGAAUCUUUUUAACGUAUGUUAUGAAAUUAUUUUUAUUAUUUUUCAUUUUAGUAGUUGCUGGUGUUAUUUUUAUCAAAUGACUUAUGGUGCAUAAAUAGAUUAGGUAUAUAAUAUUCUAUUGUAUUCACUAUGUCACACGUGAAUGUAGCCACUAAUAUCUGGGUAAUAUAAUAUAACUGGAGCACACGAUACACGAAUAUAAUGGUGGCAUUCGUAUAACGCUGCUUUAAUCAAUAAAUAUCAUAGUGCUCGCAUCAGGUCCAGUUACAAUAUUGUAACAGUACUUGAGUACCAAAGUUAUUGGCCUGAAUGCGCCGCACGGUUCGUGUAACAAAAUCAUAAUUAUUUACACGCCUCAUUAAAUAAUGUUCAUGUGUAAAGUAACAGUUAUUUUUGUAAAUACAUUCGACACGUUUUUCUGCUCGUGUGUACUCAUAUUCUAUUGGAAGUUAUAGUUUUAAUUAGUGCUAUAUGGAUCAUAAAGUUAAUAUAGUAAGUUAUUAAACAAAAGAUUACAGCGAACGCUGGUUCGAGGGUGUAUAGACGAAAACAGCUUAGUGUGGCUUCUGAUUGAAAGUUAAAAUAUUCAUGAGUCGGCAGUUUGGCUAUCUUGCAGGUAGAUGUUGUCACCGGUCCAUGUCACAUGCGAUGUAGUGAACCCUCGCUUUAUGUCGUUUCUAUGUGUAGACCUAAUUAUUUAGUUCAGAACGCUUUCGCACACAUUAUUAAACAUCCUUAUAUUAUUUUCAUACGCUAACACAUUCUACUUGAGAAGGUUUUGCAUUAUUUUAUCAUUAUUAACCAUAAAAAAAUUACCACUUAAUAUUAUUUUAUUAAAUAAUUACAAAUAAUUAUUGCUAAUAAUAUAUACACUAUAAUAGACUAGUUGACAAACAGUUGUGCUAAUACACGUAGAUAACGUCUCUUUCCGGGUUACUGCAAUAUUAAACAAUCUUUAAAUACAACCGUAUUUUAAUAGCAGUAGUGAUAGGUUCUUGUGGCGUACCUAGAAUGGAAUUUGAAGUAAAUAGAUCUUGGAAUUUUGUAAUUAUUAUCUACAUUGCAUUCAAAUAAAAGUGUUCACCUUCUAAAAUAUCAUAAUUAAUAUUAAUAAAAGUCGACAAGCGAACCAUUUUAGGACAGCUCGAAUCGAUGUACUCGCGUAGUAUUCGAUUCGUUCCCAUUGGCCAGUUAAAUCCUGAACCAUCGUUGACUGUAAGUGCUAGUCAAAAUAUCGACAUAGUAAUGUAAAUUUAGAUAGGCUUACAUUGUUUUGCUAACGUAGCUGUAAUCGAGGUUGAUCACGCAGUACUCGCUGUUGCCGCGUGGGUGCUCAGCAGCGGCUCUCGAGUGCCCGGUGAUACGCGGACAAAACAUCGGUACAUUUGUGAUAACAUUUUCAUAUGGAACUUAAGUAGCGUUUUAUGAUGUCUGCUCCACAAAACCGCGCGCGGAAGCUCUUCUAUCUUAUAAGAAGUUGCACCUCGGUCAGAUGACGGCGACGAGAUUACUUCUAGCAAAUAUGAGAGAAAUACUAAUGGCCUUUAAGCUGGGUCAUCAUUGCAAAUAGAUUAUGAAGCAGGUUUUACUUAGGGCUCAGAUAAAUAUGGGAACCCAGCUUUGCAAUGCGUGACGGAUAACGUUGAGUUUAUUAAUUUACUCAAGCGAUAGAUCGUCUGCGUAUGCCUUGUUAAAGGAGAACUAAGUCAAGAAGGCUUAUGUACUGAACGUAGAUUGUCUUUGUUCGUGUCUGUUUGUAUCUAAGUGCUAGGUGUAUUUCGAUGCUAUUGCUAGGGUGCGUUUUGCUAACAACUGAGAUGUUCUCACGUUAAACAAACGAUAGCUAGGUAAUGUACCGAGAGACACUUGUCUGUGAAUACUAGAUAUUUGUGAUCUGAUAUUAUAGGUGUGCUUAGUUAGAUACCAAUCUUUACCGGCCGAGGUUCUAAAACCACUAUUUUAGGCGGUUCGUUGGUCACUUAAAUGCAGAUGCAAGAGUUACCGCGUGUGAAUCGAACUUAACGUAUAAUAUGACUGAAAACGCAUAAUACGUGUUGAAAUUGAAAAUUAUGUUAUGAAUUGGCUAUUAUUUUUAUUUGUACUUACUUUUGUAAUUUUUUUCGUUUAAUUUCUACACUACUUCAUUGUAUAAACUGUGACAUCAAAAUUUAUUCGCUCCGUCUAAAUGAUUCCUGCGAAGGAUAUCUGUGUUGUAAUGGAAGGAGUUUUACACGAAGUUCUACGACUUUUUUAUGUUAAAACUUCUUUCAUUUCCACGCUGUGAACAGUCAGUAGAUUGGCUACAAAAUGUACAAAUAGGUCACAUCUAUGUUAUAACUUGCGUUUAUUGAAACAAUAUGUAGAAGUGAUAAUACGUUGUUUGUAUGUUGUAACCUAUUUACUUUAUACAGAGUACUAAUACCAAACUAGCAUUAAUGGGUUUGUAAGUAAUCAUUUCGUAUAUUGACUUCUGCAAUAUUAUUUUAUGGAAAUUAUUUUUUAUUUAUUUACUUUUUUGUAUUGUAAAAAUCGGGACUUAUAAUAAACUUUUUUUAUAAAUUUGAGUCAUAUUAAACGUAAAAAAGUCAUGUAAUAAUACUACAUAAUAUUGAUUACUGAUAUUUUUUCUGUUUUAAUUGCAAUUAAAGAUGCUGAAAAUUA